AUGCAUGCUAUAUCCAAAGGUGAUUCCACGUCAUCACAACGACCUAUUGGGGUGAAGAAAGCAAAAUUGAAGAGAAAAAUCGAAGAAGGUUUUUCAUCUGCUAUGCAAAUGGUCCAAUCAGAAAAUAAUCGGCUUGUUGAGUUGUUGGCAAAGUCAAGUGCAGACAGGCAGCAAGAUUUGGAGAUGAAAGAUAGAGCUUUGAAACUAAAAGAAUUUAAAGAAGAAAAUAAAAUUUUAUUGUCAAAUUUAGAUUCUAUUGGUGAUCCAAAUAUUCGUGAAUUUAUUCAACAAGAACAAAAACGAAUAAUGGAUAAAAGAAGUCAACAAUUUCAACAGCCACAACCACAACAAUCCUCUGCCCCAUACACUCAAUAUUUUAAUGAUAUUGGUGGAUCUGGAAACGACCUACCAGAGUACUAA